AGUGAGGCGCCUCCGGCCGCUGUUCUGGGCCUCAUGGCCCGCCCGCUCCAGGACCCUGGCCGUCAGGUACUGGAUGAUGGCCCCUAGGGAGACGGGUGCGGAUGAGCUCAGGCGCUGGGCGUAGUGGCCCUCCCGCAGGAGGCGCUCCAUGUGGCUCACGGAGCAGGACCGCUCGGCUCGGGCGGUGCGGGAGCGGCGACCGGGUGACCCUCCACGGCCCCUCUUCCCCGGCAUGCUGGCCGUUGGGCAGCUUUCUGCGACGGCCUCGCUCUGCGGGCUGGGGCCUGAGAACACCGGUUGUCUUGAGAUGUUGGGACCAGCAGGCACAACCGACCGCCCCUCAUCCCAGCGCACCGCAGAGCGAGGCCGUCGCAGAAAGCUGCCCAACGGCCAGCAUGCCGGGGAAGAGGGGCCGUGGAGGGUCACCCGGUCGCCGCUCCCGCACCGCCCGAGCCGAGCGGUCCUGCUCCGUGAGCCACAUGGAGCGCCUCCUGCGGGAGGGCCACUACGCCCAGCGCCUGAGCUCAUCCGCACCCGUCUCCCUAGGGGCCAUCAUCCAGUACCUGACGGCCAGGGUCCUGGAGCGGGCGGGCCAUGAGGCCCAGAACAGCGGCCGGAGGCGCCUCACUCCGGAGCUGGUGGACGUGGCGGCCCGCAACAACGCGCUGCUCAGCGGCUUCUUCAGCACUAGCACCAUCUCCCAGGCGGCCCCGGCCCAGCACUAGCUGCCCAGCGACACCUGGGUCCCCGGCCUCCGGGGGGGGGCGGGGCGGGGGGCGCGGCCGUCAGGCGCCAGGCCCGCUCACCGACCGACCGCACAGCCCGGGCAGCCCCGGCCUGCCCGCCCCCUUGGGCACAGUCAUUGCGAGUCAAUAAAGUGUUUCAAGAGACGCCCUGCGCGUGCUUCACUCACUUGGCGGGGG